AUGACCCAAGAAACUUUAAAGAGGAAAUUGUUUCAAUCAACAGAGGAAAUUGUCUCACCUAAAUGGACACAAGCCUGUAGAGAAGAAAUUGUUUCAAUCAACAGAAACAAGACUUGGAUUUUAGUUGACAAACCUGCAGGAGUAAAAGUAAUUGGUCUCAAGUGGGUCUUUAAGAUAAAACGAAAUGCUGAUGGUACAAUUAACAAAUACAAAGCAAGACUUGUAGCCAAAGGGUAUGUACAAGAAUCAGGCAUAGACUUUGAUGAAGUCUUCGCACCAGUGGAUAGACUUGAGACAAUACGUCUUUUGAUUGCAGAAGCUGCAUCAAACUCAUAG